UAUACCUAUUUGGUAAUGGACGAAGCCGAUCGCAUGCUGGACUCGGGUUUCGAGCCACAAAUCCGUAAAAUAAUAGAGCAAAUUAGAUCCGAUCGUCAAGUGGUAAUGUGGUCCGCAACUUGGCCCAAGGAAGCACAGGCACCGGCCGGUGAUUUCUUAAAGGAUUAUAUUUCUACAAACACUGGAUCGAUGAACUUAUCAGCUAAUCACAAUAUUCGACAAAUUGUAGAAAUUUGUCAAGAAUCCGAGAAGCCACAACGGGUUAUCAAGUUAUGGAACGAAGCAGCACCUACCACUUAUAAUGCUGCUAACAACAACAACAAGAUUAUCAUAUUCGUCGAAACUAAGAUAAAGAUCGAAGAAAUAUUGCAAAUAAUUCGCAACGAAGACCACACCGCCACUUCCAGUCACUGUGAUAAGUCCCAGCCUGAACGUGAUUCAGUGUUGAAAGAUUUUCGCAACGGCAAAUCUAAUAUUUUAAUUGCCACCGAUGUGGCCUCCCGCGGCCUUGAUGUAGAAGAUUUGCUGUAUGUCAUCAAUUACGAUUAUCCAAACUCAUCUGAAAACUAUGUACAUCGUAUUGGACGUACUGGUCGUUGCCAGCAAUUAGGCACAGCUUAUACUUUAUUCACUCAUGACAAUGGAGAACAGGCACCGAUCUAA